AUGCUGAAAAGAAACCAACUGUGGAAGGUGGUGCUGCUCUUGCUCACGCUGGUCACCGCGGUGACAUGUGUGAGAAACUACCACGACAGGAUCACCGACGCUGCCGACAACAAGCCCUCCCCGGGCGGCGAUCAUGAAGAAGCUGACCUGUUCUGCGCCGUUAUGAACCCAACCACUGGCACUUUUAUUGACCUCUCGCAACUGUCGUCUACGCCAAACAAUCCGCGCGGCAGCCGCGGCAGCGGCCAGCACAGCGACCCGUCCAAGACCCGCUGGCUCGUCUCGGGCUGGGGGUACUACACGAACUUCACGCUCGGCGUUUGUUCGAGCCCCGUAACCGCCGACCAAGAGCCGGAGCUGCACAACACGACGGGCGCGUACUACGUCGAUCCGCGCUCGCAGAAGCUGGUGUCGAUCGGUGACUUCGCGACCCACCCCACGCUGUCGCGCGCCAAGAAGCUUACGCUGCAGUACGACAAUGGCGCCCUGUGUCCGAACGGCGUGGACCGCAAGUCCACGGUGCUAAGCUUUAUGUGCGACCGCGACGUCGCCUCUAACGCGCAGAUCACCUUUGUCGCCAGCGUGCACGACUGUGCGUACUUCUUUGAGGUGCGCAGCGUGCACGCGUGCCCCACCUCGGCGCGGUCGAACGAGGUGAACGUACUGGGGAUCUUUGUGGGGAUCUUUGCGGUGUUCUUCCUGGUCGAGUUCGGCGGGCGGCGCUGGCUGUACGGGAAGGUCAAGACGCACUUCCAUUCCGGCGGGAGCGGCUGA